AUGGGCUGCCCACCAAAGCUCACGAAGGAUGGCUAUGGGGUUCAGAUGGGCACCAACCACCUUGGGCAUGCCCUUCUCCUAAAGAUUCUCACGCCUCACCUCAUCAAGGCGGCGAGCCCGCGUGUAGUCAGCAUGACCUCCUCAGCCUGGAAGUGGGCCAGGCCAGAGAAGAUCCAGUUUGUCACUCUUAGGUCUUUGGAAGGCGUCAGUCCUGUGAAUCGAUACGUCCAGAGCAAGACCGCAAAUAUGCUGUAUCCCCAGCAAUUUGCCAAACACAAUCCGCAGCUGACCAUGGACUUGCUCGCAUGA